UUUUAGGCGAUCUGGGCAUCAAGCAAGUCAUCAUUGUGUAGUGCGUCCGUUUUGUGGUUUCAUCGUGCUAAAUAAAUGAACAAGUUAUCCGUUCCAUUUAUUUGCGCAAAACAGCAGCCCUUCAUUCAUUUGAUAUUGUGAAAGUUGACUCAAUAUUUAGUGGAAAUGAUGAUCGAUUGAUAAAGUAUGUAUGCACGAUGUGCAGCAAGUGUUAGCGUGAGGAGAAGUGAGAAUUGUUGGAGUGAGUGUAAGUAUAUGUAACCUUGCGAAUGAAUGGAGUGAAUAUUGAUUGAUUUAUCACAAAAAGGCCUAAAGGAUCAGUUAAAAAAUUAGAUUGGGAUUCGAUGGAGGAGACAGAAUCCUCGCCAAAUCAACAGGUUCGACCACCUCUUCUAACCUAUUCUCUAAUUGGCGAUGAAGAAGCUGUGAUUCGGAUUCUUUCUCAAGGGAUCAACGUAGACCAGGAGGAUUUUGCUGGCGGAUGCACUGCUCUCCACCUAGCAUCUGCUUCAGGCCAUAUCAAUAUCGUCAAAAUUUUGCUACAACAUGGAGCUAAACCAGAAAAACAGGAUUCGUCUCAUGGCAAUACUGCUUUACAUGAAUCCUCCUGGCGAGGCUACUCCCAACUCGUCAAAGUCCUGAGCUCUCCUGCUGCCGUCGAUAAGCAAAAUCACGGAGGCUUCACUGCUCUGCAUUUAUCGUGUCAAGCUGGUCAUAAUCAAUCCACGAGGGAGCUACUACUGGCCGGCUCCAAUCCUAAUGUCGUUAAUACGUUCGGCGACGCUGCCAUUCACACUAGUGUCAGAUAUGGUCACGCGGGGGUGGCAAGGAUCCUCCUAUCUGCUCGAGCGGACCCUAAUUUACAGAAUAAGAAUAAAGACUGUCCAAUCCAUAUCGCAUCUGCUUUCGGACGAAAGAAAUUAACCAAAAUUUUGCUGGUGUCCGGAUGUCGAACCAAUUUGAGAAAUCAUCAAAACGAAACAGCGCUUGACAUCAGCAAUCGAAAAGGAUUUAACGAAAUAUCCGAACUAUUCAAACAUCUACCACCCAUCGUCUCUCCCAUCCUACGUGACGAAAUUAGAGCCUCAAAGUACAAAUCUGCGAGUAGUGGACCUUCCUCAACAGGAAAUAUUUCCGGAGGGAAAAAACAGAGUAAUAAUAAAAGGGUCAAGUCAGAUCAGUCCCAUCAUUCAGACAAGAAAAGUGGGGGUGGUGGAAGCAAUGGACAUAAACAUGCGGAAAAGUCAAAGGAGGGAGGUUCCAAAAAAAGUUCUAAGUCAAAUAACAAUGAUCCCGAUAUAACGCCAAACUGGUCACCCUACGGAUGUCAUUACCAUCCUAAUCCAGAAGCAUUUCCUUCCCCAAAAAUUGACUCGUUGCCCAAUGAGCCUUUAAGAAGUGGUGAACUUUACUAUCUAGACUUGGCUGGAAAUAUCCAUAAGGGGCCAGUGGGCGUUUCAGAAGGGUGCUAUUGUUCUCAGUUCUUUCAACCGGUAUGCACAGCCAAAGACAAUCCUGCCCAAUGUGCGAAAAACUAUGAAGACCAACUUCACACUUUGACCAGCCAAUUGGCCAAAAUUCACUUGGACACGCAAGCCCAGCUCUCUUCUCUUCAGGCCAUGCUGAAUGAAAAGCUUGUCGCAAAAACAAGCCAAAAUCCAAUCAAUUAUGAUGAAAACAAACUGAAGGAUUGGGUUCGACAGUAUAGACGAUUUCGAAAAGAGCUAUCAAAAAAUCCAAAGGCAUUGAUUCAGGCGAAUGAGCUAUUGGAAAAUGCAUCCGCCCUCAUGGUGACGACGACCUCGCCCCCAUCCCCAGCAGCAGACGAAGAGUCUGACAGCGAUAGCGGAUUAUGACUAAAAAAUUAAUCCGCAUUGAUGAUUUAAGACAGGAUCACCACAAUUCACCUUCCUGUGUUCCGUGAUUUUUAGCUUGGUUCAUUAAAAAUAUCUAUUAUAGAGCUGGAUGUUAUAAAUAAUUUUGUUCAUUCCAUGUCAGACAAUAUAUUGUACCUGUUCAAUAUACAUACAUAUGUACCUGAGCCAAAUACUAGUAGUACAAUGUCCUUAAUAUCUACUUAACGUUUUGCCAACCUAGAGUGAAUAUUAUCCUUUCUUCCUACUUACUUUCCCUUGCUUUUAUAGUAAUAAUCGUAAUUCAGAAGUAUUUGCUGUGCACCCUUAUUGCAAAUAAAUCAAUCAAACAAAGCUA